AUGGUCACUUCGUACCCUCUCCCUGAAGGCUUCACUGAAUUAGAGGUGUUUGGCAUUGGCACAAUCCUGCUGGUUGAAGCCUUGCUUGGGUUCUGUUUGAAUGGCCUAACAAUUGUGUCUUUCCGAAAAAUCAAAGAACUCCAAACUCCUGGUAACCUCCUGAUAGUCAGCGUUGCAUUGGCCGAUUGCGGGAUCUGCAUCAAUGCAUUCAUUGCUUCUUUUUCCAGCUUUCUUAGGUACUGGCCUUAUGGCACUGAUGGCUGUCAAAUUCAUGGAUUUCAGGGUUUCUUGACAUCAUUGGCCAGUAUUAGCUCUUCUGCUGCUGUGGCAUGGGAUCGCUAUCAUCAUUAUUGUUCUAGAAGACAGGUGCAUUGGAGCACAACCAUCUCAUUGGUGAUAUUCGUCUGGCUGUUCUCUGCUUUUUGGUCUGUGAUGCCACUAUUGGGGUGGGGUGAAUAUAACUAUGAGCCCCUAAGAACUUGUUGCACAUUGGACUACUCUAAAGGAGACAGAAAUUAUGUCACAUUCCUUUUUGCUCUGGCCAUUUUCAAUUUCCUGAUCCCAGGCUUCAUCAUUCUGACAGCUUAUCAGUCCAUAGAGCACAAGUUCAAGAGAACUGGACAGUUUAAGUUUAAUACUGGUUUACCAGUGAAGACACUGAUCAUUUGCUGGGGACCCUACUGCCUUUUAUACUUCUAUGCUGCAGUUCAAAAUGUGACAUUUAUUCCACUUAAACUACAAAUGGUUCCUGCCAUUAUUGCCAAGACUUCACCAACCAUGAAUGCCUUUCUAUAUGCCCUGGGAAAUGAAAACUACAGAGGAGGAAUAUGGCAGUUCCUCACAGGACUGAAGGUUGAGAAAGCAGAGGUUGAUAAUAAAAUUAAGUAACAAGUUUUUCCUUCCAGAAUGAACUGCGUGAAGUGAAGCUCCUGCAUUUUAAUUAAAGAAAAAGAUGUGUGCACACACAUGUACUUAUUUUAAAUGUUGUAUUGAAAUCCAGCC